AUGCAGUUGUCUCAUAUGUCGCAGAAGCGCUGGAUCCGAGUGCAUCCCCCUUUGCCCGGCAAGGGUGGAUAUGAUACUGUCAGCUUAGAGGUUAUUGACCUCUUGAAAGCAGGCGAUGGCCAUAAUUCUCAGGUAUUUACGGUCCGACUACUAGACUUUGAGUCGACAUCACAGUUGCUUCCUCGGAAAGGCACAGUACUUGUUGCAAAAAUUUACGACCCGCUUUACUUCGAUGAUGAUGAAGGGCACCUCAACCCAUUUCUCUGCGCGGACAAAUACUACACUCAUGAGGCCAAUGCAUAUAUGGCCCUCAACGAACUUCAAGGUCAAGGUAUUCCGAGAUACUACGGGUCAUACUCCUUGAGUCUAUCUGUGAAUUCAGUACACACGCGGGCAGUUCGAAUGAUAUUGGUCGACCAUAUCGAAGGUAUUACCAUGGCAGAUGCUAAGCCGAGGAAUUUUUCACAAUCAGUUCGUCAAAACAUUUUGAAAUCGAUUGUGGACCUUGAGAGCCAGAUCUUUGAAAAGGACGUUUGGCUCACCGACCUCGAACCGCGAAAUGUCAUUAUAAGUUCUCCAGAUAGCGACAAGCCCGGUGUCGUAUUCAUUGAUUUCGCCCAUGCUCUUUUCAACCGCAGGCGAGAUGAUCCACCUUUGUUACAGUUAAAUUAUUUUCUGGGAGAAUACGUUUCGCCGCUCCUUCGGUGGAAGGAAAUCAGAGGCAAAGGAGAUUCAUUUUCAGGAUGGAUUGAUUGGGAUUGGGAUCCCUGGCUCGAAGCCGAAUUUGCAGAUACGGUCUCAAGCAUAAAGCCAGGCGUUCUGCCCACCCACUCGUUUCUCUCGUGGGUGUGCCACACCGAUCUCGUCAAUCACACCGAUCUCGUCAAUUUCAUCCAAACCAUCAGAUUCAACUUCGUCGCGAUAUAUCUUCAACCAACCAUGUCUAAUUUAUCUCUACCCUACGAGACUCGUAUGACUAAGGCUAUCGAAGCUUACCAGGCCUCUCAAAAACCGAAUCUCUCACAGAUUGCGCGAGAAUGGGCGAUUCCUCGAAUGACUCUCCACGGUCGCGUUAGAAACGAGAGACGCGCUAGAACUUCCCAGACACCUAAAAACUAUGCUCUUGAAGGGUGGCAGGAAGAAGCCUUAGUUCGGUGGAUGAUCCAGAUGGCAGAAUGGAACAUGCCAGUGACUCCUGAUAUUAUUCGCGAAUGGGCAAAUCGAGCACUCUCCCGUGCCGGCUACGAAGGCAGGACUGUCUCGAAGAUGUGGGCGUAUCGCUUUAUGAAGCGUCUUCCUGAAGAAGUCAAUUUACGGCUCAAGAAGCAGAAGACUAAGGAGAGCAAGCGUAUUCAUGCUGAAGAUGCGGCAGAACGGAGACUACGGAAGCUAUGGAAGGAGCGAAGGGGUGUCGAUAUCCCUCCAACACCUACCCCUACCCAGCAGUCAGAGGCAUCUCUACGCGCUGAGAGAGAGGCUCGAGAGGCUGGAGAAUUGUUUUUUAUAGAUCCCCAUCCAUUAAGUUGA